CCGCUUUUCUCUCCCCCACUCACAACCCAACACAACAACACUUACACCACCACUUUCCUAUCGCCGGCUGCCGGCGACUUCUCUUUUUCCGGUCAUCCUACUAAAUCUGCGAUCUUCUGUUAGCCGGAGAAGGAUUAUUGUUUGUUAUAUAAGAUAUAUGACGUCGGGAACAAGGUUGCCGACUUGGAAGGAGAGAGAGAACAACAAGCGUAGAGAAAGACGGCGGCGUGCCAUCGCUGCUAAAAUAUUCGCCGGACUCAGAGUCUAUGGAAACUACAAGCUGCCUAAGCACUGUGACAACAACGAGGUUUUGAAAGCCCUUUGUAAUGAAGCUGGUUGGAUUGUCGAAGAAGAUGGCACCACUUAUCGUAAGGGUUGUAAACCGGCGGCGAGAGUGGAGGCUAACGGUGGAUCAGGAUCAACAUCCGCCAGUCCAUGUUCAUCAUCAUAUCAACCAAGUCCAAGCCCAAAUCCUUCCUACAAUUUAAACCCUAAUUCAUCUUCUUUUCCUAGCUCAAUCUCAUCCCUGUAUACAAACAGUAAUCCCGACCCUAAUUCUCUUAUCCCAUGGCUAAAAAAUCUCUCAUCAGGUUCUUCACCUUCAUCAAAUUUCCCCCACAAUCUCUACUUCCCUGGUGGCUCCGGUUCCAUAAGUGCUCCGGUCACACCUCCAUUAAGCUCACCAACUUGCCGGACACCUAGAAUGACCGACAUCCCCGGGCAGGCCGGGCAGCAUUACCCUUUUCUACCUUCUUCCACCCCUCAAAGCCCCGGGCGGCAAACACCGACCGGGUCAGGGUGGCUCUCGGGGGUCCACACCCCGCAAGACGGGCCAUCCUCACCCACUUUUAGUCUUGUGGCAUCGAACCCGUUUGGGUUGGUUUCGGGUACCGGGUCCCGGAUGUGGACCCCUGGGCAAAGCGGUACGUGCUCGCCAGCUGUCACUGCAGGGUUUGACCAAAAUGCGGAUGUUCCUAUGUCGGAUGUGAUUUCGGCUGAGUUUGCUUUUGGGAGUAAUAUGAAAGGUUUAGUGAAACCGUGGGAAGGCGAGAGGAUUCAUGAAGAAUGUGUUUCCGAUGAUCUUGAGCUCACCCUUGGUAACCCUAGCACUAGACUUGAUUACUGCUCUUAUCUGAUGAAAAUAGCCCUAAAAAGUUUGUCUAGUUUCAAAAUAAGAGGAGUGAAUGUAGAAGGAUGGUGGAGUGUGAAGUGUAUUAUUUUGGUUUCUGCUUUUGCUAAUCCUUCUAAUUCGAGAUAAAGGGAGAGAAAUGCAUAGUAAAUUAUAGUUGAUAGAUAGAGUUCAUGUAUGGUGGCGUUUUGUAUCUUUUUUUUUGAAGAAAUUUUCUAUUAUAUUUUCCUUAUUUAUUUAUUUAUUUGUAUUCCUAUAAAGUAUAUCAUUGACACACCAAGUACCAAAUUUUAUUUUUCAUUUAUUGUAUAUCAUUGUUUCAUGAGAUUUCAAUUUCCGAAUUUUUUUUCAUAAACAAUCUUAUCAUCUUG